AUGACUUCCGACAGGGAUUUAAGAAGAGACCAUGAGAGAGAUAGAGACAAACUUUUUGAGCUCAAUAGACAAAACGAAAGGAUUGAACUAAUCCAACUCGAGAACUUUUAUCGCAUGAAGAGUAGUGCCGUAAAGAUUCACGAUGAUAAGUAUGGUAGCAAGGAAAAAUGGAGCAGCAUGAUCAUCAAGGCCUCACAGAACAGUACUCUCUUAGCGCCGUCUGAAUUUACAUUCCAGGAUAAACACGGUAAAAGACGUACAGUUAAGAUUGGCCCAAAAACAAGCGCACAUGAUGUGAAGAGGGCUAUUGAUCUGUAUGAUGCGGCAAAAUACGAAGGGCAGAAGAAGAGAGAAAUGGCUGAUUGGGAGCGGAGUAAAGAGGAGUUUGGCUGCCGGUUGCGUGAAAUUUUGAGGGAAAAGAAUCGCAUUCUAGGCUUCAGUCCGAGGGAUGAAUCCUUUGACGCAUGCUUGAACGAUUUGGGCUAUAGUGCCCACACAGCCCCAGCGCAUGUUACCUACCAUACCUCAUUUCGCCAGCCGACGCCGGAUUUGGAGCUCGAGAGGGAAAAUUCUCGACUAUCAGAUCAACUUCGUGCUGCACAGAAACAGCUCGCAGAAGCUAGGGAAGAAUACAGAACUCUCGAAUAUGGAAAUUACAGACUCAUCCAAGAAAAUUCAGAGGUUUCUGCAUCUUUGGAUUCAACACAGAAACUUCUAGAGCAGAUUGCAGACAAUAGAGACGAGCAUGUCAAGACAAACAGAAAAUAUGCUGAAGAAAAUAGAAAUUUGGAAUCUGAACUGGAGUCAGCACAGGCACAAUUGCAAGCACAAACACGAGCUCAGACACAACCACAGCCACAGUCACGAUCGUGGUGGCCAACAUCACGCAAAGUUACCUUCGAUGAUACCAGCGACCAGUUGCGGGAGGAAGUAAAAAACUUGUCUAGGUCCUUGGAGAAUAUGAAGAUUAGUAGGGAGCCGCAUAACAUUCUCCGAGAUGUCGGAGUCGAAACUCGCCUCGAAUUCUUACAAAUUUCUAAGGCGCAUGAAUAUCCUGUCAUACGCCAUCAUACUCAUCAUAGAAUUGUUUCUAGCAUUUCGACUCCAGAAAACAAUAUGGAUCUCGGUGCUAAGAGCACGAGUAUUGAUGGAAGUAAUCUAUACGGAGGCAACAUUCGAGCAGAUGCGGCUCUUCUCAGCAUCAACUCAAACCAUCGAGUCAAGUUCAAACAAACGUUCAAGGGCAUCUACGGAGUUGCAUUUAGCGAGGUUACGAAGAGAUGUUCUGACAAAUACGCUCCACAGUGCAAGAUUACUGAGAUGGCCAACUUGAGAGGAACAAUGGCACACCUAGGAUGUUUUACGAGACAUACACCCGAUCAGAAAGCCGACGAUAGAUUCUUGGCUUUGUCGGUAUACUGUGAAGGGGAGUACGAAGAUAUAGAUCGAAGAUCAAUAACGGCUCUCCAAGCAGCGAAGACAUUCAGUGGCGAUCCUAGAGUUAUCGAAGCUUGUAACAAGAUGCGUGGAAUCUGUGACUCCCUUGUCGAAAGAACCAAGAGCGGUGGCCAUCUUUCGAAUUUAUUUACAGGUGGCGGUGUUGGUGGCAGAUAUAUUUGA